AUGAAGAUGUUUCGAACGCCCCCAGGGGUUGUCAGCUGCCGUGUUGGUCCUGCAGACCUGCCUCCUCUACAACCACCGCCUCCGAACUUCGAGAAAAUACAGCAAAUGUACAACAAGGUAAGACCUUACGUCCCUUCUGAGUUUGCUUCGGAUCCCCUGUAUGCAGCCCCUACUGCUGAGGAAAAGCGCCACGCGAAGGAGGCUACGCAGGCACAAGAGAAUGAAGACCGUGCAAACGUAUCGAAAGCUUCACCAGCGCAGUCGAAGACUGGGACCCGAAGCCGCAAGCGAGCGAAGAAAGAGACUUAG